UCUCUUCUGCGUCUCUCUUUUCCAUACAUUGGUAACCUCCGCGAAUUCCUCCAAUCUCCAUUGUUAAUUGCUCUCUCUCUCUCUCUAACACAUUUUACUGGAGUAUUGUUUCUAAGGUUUUGUGCUUGUAUUUCUCGUCAUCGUAAACAGCCAAGAACAUGGGUAACAAAUUGAAUGAGGUCGUCUGGUGUUUGUUUGUGUCAACCCUGUUACUUUCUGCGGUGUCAUGUGCACCCAAUGAUGGACUGCGUAGGAUUGGACUGAAAAAGAUUAAAUUGGAUCCUAACAACCGGCUUGCUGCUCGAAUUGGAUCCAAAGAAGUUGAGCCUUUCCGAGCUUCCAUUAAAAAGUAUCAUCUCCAAAACAAAUUUGGUGACCCUGAGGAAACCGAUGUUGUUGCGUUAAAAAAUUACUUGGAUGCUCAGUACUUUGGUGAAAUAGCCAUUGGAACCUCUCCUCAGAAGUUCACUGUCAUUUUCGAUACAGGCAGCUCUAAUUUGUGGGUGCCAUCAUCAAAAUGUACCUUCUCGGUUGCAUGCUACUUCCAUGCCAAGUACAAGUCUAGCAAAUCAAAUACCUAUAGGAAAAAUGGGACUGCUGCUGCAAUUCAAUAUGGUACUGGAGCAAUUUCUGGUUUCUUUAGCUAUGACAAUGUCAGAAUUGGUGACAUAGUUGUAAAAAACCAGGAAUUUAUUGAAGCAACUAGGGAGCCUGGUGUUACAUUUUUGGUGGCCAAGUUUGAUGGUAUACUGGGACUUGGAUUUCAAGAGAUAUCAGUUGGAAACGCUGUUCCAGUGUGGUACAAUAUGGUUGAACAAGGUCUUAUCAAGGAACCAGUAUUUUCAUUUUGGCUCAACCGUAAACCAGAGGAAGAGGAAGGGGGUGAGAUUGUUUUUGGUGGUGUUGAUCCUGCUCACUAUAAGGGAAAUCACACUUAUGUCCCUGUGACAAGAAAGGGAUAUUGGCAGUUUGAUAUGGGAGAUGUACUUAUUGGUGGUAAACCAACUGGACAUUGUACUGAUGGCUGUUCAGCAAUUGCAGACUCAGGGACUUCUCUGUUGGCAGGUCCAACGACUGUGAUUACUAUGAUAAACCAUGCAAUUGGAGCAUCUGGAGUUGUAAGCAAAGAAUGUAAGGCUGUUGUUGCAGAGUAUGGACAAACAAUCAUGGACUUGCUUUUGGCUGAAGCACAGCCGAAGAAGAUUUGUUCCCAAAUUGGAUUGUGCACUUUUGAUGGGUCUCGUGGUGUUAAUGUUGGUAUCGAGAGUGUGGUGGAUGAGAAUGAAAGAAAAUCAUCUGGUGGUCUUCAUGGUGCUACUUGUUCUGCAUGUGAGAUGGCGGUUGUUUGGAUGCAGAACCAGCUGAGCCAGAAUCAGACACAAGAUCACAUACUAAGCUAUAUCAAUCACCUUUGUGAUAAAAUGCCUAGCCCAAUGGGAGAAUCAUCUGUUGACUGUGAGAAUAUCUCUUCGUUGCCUGUAGUUUCCUUCACUAUUGGUGGAAAAACUUAUGACCUUGGCCCCGAGGAGUACAUACUCAAGGUGGGUGAAGGUCCUGCGGCUCAGUGCAUUAGUGGCUUUACUGCUAUAGAUAUCCCUCCUCCACGUGGCCCUCUCUGGAUUCUUGGAGAUGUCUUUAUGGGGCGUUAUCACACAGUCUUUGAUUUUGGUAAUCUGAGAGUCGGAUUUGCCGAAGCAGCAUAGAGAAUGUCCCUAGUGUCUCGGAUUGUGGUGACCGUUAUUUGCCCUUACUUUGUGUACCCUUGCAAUUAUAAUGUGCCUAGAGUACGGGCUUCUAUGUAUAUAAAUUAAUACUUUGGGUGUUCCUCUCCCUCAUGGAUGAUGACAAAAUAGCUCCACAGAUGUAUGUGGGCCCCUAGACUAUGUAUGCAUCUUUAAUUGAAGGGUAUAGAUGUAGCUCUCG